GCCCAACCAAGCCUAAAUCGUCUGCACGUCUCGACUCGAAUAAAAAAACGACCCUUGGGAAUGGUUUCGCCCUGUGUGGCGCUAAAACAUGUUGAUUGGAAACGAAAUUGAGUGAUACUGAGAGCUGAAAUUCUUUCACACAUCAUACUGAGCGCCCUAUCGUCUUAAAGUAAGUAAUCAUGGCGGAGAAAACCGGUGAUAUCGACGAAGAGCCGCCACGAAAACCGGUGAUGUUCAUGGGUCGCAACAUAGAAGAAAUACCGUGCUUCCGGUCCAGCUUAAUGACUGGUAUUCUCAGCGGACUUGGCAUAGGAAUUGGCACAUUUUUCUUGACUAGCAGGCCUCGGCGGUCCACAGACGCAGCUGUGUAUUCGUUUGCCGGCAUUACAUUGCUAUAUUGGACUUACUGUCGAUACCAGAACUCCGUUCGAAAUUUCGAGUAUAGAAGGAUGCAGAUGGAGAUCCAGGAGGGUGUCGCACUACGAGGAAGACGGAAACAGCAGGGCGAACCGGAAACAAAACUACAAGAUGCAUAGUGUCACGAUGAUUCGUUUGCGAGCGUUGGCAACAACGUUACCACACAUAAAUUUGUAUCUAUCUAGUAAAUAUCUCACUACCUCAAGA